AUGGGUGCUUCUGCAUCGAAGCCCGCACGAUCAGCUGCGGCUGCGGCCUCGCGUCGCCAGUUCCCCAAAAGACCAUCUGAAGCCACGACCACAACUCCAUCGCCCGCACAGCAACACCAACCAACCCGCACAUCGACUGGACCGACCUAUCACUCCAAUGAAGAACCUUCGUCGUUGCGUUCUGAAGCAAUCGACCUCGAUGCUCGCGAUCCGCAUUUCGCCGCCUCUUUGCGCUCGAUUGGCCCCGUAACCCCCAACCCGACAAUGUCGAACUCAAGCACCUUCAAUUCCUCCACCCCUCUGACCACGACCAGUCCGUCGGUAUUCCCCGACGCAAACAACCCUGCUCUCCUCGUCCUGUCCUCGCGCACACGCAUAACCAAGGCGGCGGAACAGGAACAGGAAGUAUUCGGAAGACAGAGCCAUCAGGGCCGCGAAUUUCUCGAUGUUUUGACCAUCCGGCAGGCGUUGCAGAUGCGCGAUAGGCAGGGUCUCUCGAUGGCCGAGAUUGAGAGGUUGCUCAGGUUGAAGAAAGGGGUUAUGUUGAGACUUGGGGAGCGCGGCCUUGUUAGCGAAGCUGCUUAG